AUGGUUACAAUUAAUUUCAUUUUACUAAUUUCUUUUGUAUAUUCUCUAAAGAUAAUUACCGUAGUAUCAAAUGUAUAUAAAAUGUAUGAAGCUGAUUUAAGAAGUGAUAAUACUACUAAUAUAAAUUUUUAUCUAAAGAAUUACACUUCAAUAAGUAAUAAUGUUCCAUAUAUAACAGAAUUAAUUAUUCCAGAGACAAAUAUCCAAAGAAUUAUUUGUAUUUACCAUAAUCAUUCAGCUGGAUCUUACAUUAAAAGGAUUUAUUUUUUUCAGAAUGACUUAACUACUCCUACUAUCUUAAAGUUGCAUCAACUUGAUUAUGCUAUAUUUUUAGGUAAAAAUAAUAUCUUAAAAUUUUUUAUUCCUGCAAUAUUAUUAGAUAAUACUUUAAAUUUUCCAUUUAAUAUUGUAUUAAGAAAAUAUCUUGAAGAUACAGACGACUUAAACUUAGAAAGACGAAAAAUAUUUUUAGAUCAUUUGUUAAAUAAUAAAGAUGAAAUAAUUAAUAAUUCAGAGCAACUCCUUAAUGAUCUUACAAAAAAUCCUGAAUCAAGCCUUUUUCAUUCUUUGAAAGAAGGAGACUACAUUUUAGCAUUUUUUGAUAGAAAUUAUGAUAAGAUUAUAAAUUUUUUUAAAAGUUUAAUUUUAGUACUAAAAGAAAACAAUAAAGAUUUGCAACCAAAACUCUUUAAUUUUUUUGUGAAUUUUAUUAAGAAUAACCUAAAUAGGACUUGGCAGGAUGAACUCAAGCAUUCUGGCAUAGAUUUUGAUGUUUUCAAAGAUUUUAAUCUAUUGAAUUGCGUUUUUACGGAUAUAACAAACUUAUUGCAGUUAGUUUCUUACCCAGAUUAUAAAUUUCAAUUUUAUGAUUUUGAUCAACGCACUGGACUAUAUUUUGGUAACUCCGUACUGGGUGUUUUACUUCAGCUUCCAGAAGAUUUUGACGAAAAAAAUAUAAAAUGCAUUGUUUAUGAUAAGAAGCAAAAUGAAGUAACUUUUAAAUGCAUGUUUGAAUAUACGAAAAAAAAUUUUUAUUUUAUAUUUGAUCCAGCAUAUCUUAAACACUUAAAAAUUACAAAAAUAAAUUGCAUAGUUAUGACAACUAAUAAAAAUUAUGAAUCACUAAAUAUAAACCUGACGGAGUUUUUACAAUAA